AUGUUCGCGAAAUCCCGAGGCAGCGGCACGGCGCCGUGCGACCUGCUCCCCGACACGAUCCGCAAGACGUACGAGAUCGGCAAGCAGUCCGCCACGGCCGGACCCGAGAACGUUUGGCGGAUAUACGACGGCUACCGGAAGAAGGACAGAAUGGAGAUCUCGAUCUUCCUGUUCGACAAGCGGUCCGUGGAGAAGAUCCACAAGCCGAAGCGCAAGGAUGCGAUCACGGACAUACUGCGCGAGAGCGCCACUCGGAUGGAGCGCAUCUCGCAUCCAAAACUCUUGCAGGUGUACAAGGUCGAGGAGUGUGCGGACACACUGGCCUUCGCGUCAGAGCCGGUCCUCGCCAGCCUGUCGAACGUCCUGGCGUACAAGGAGCAGCUGGCGAAUACACUCGCGGCGCAGUCCUCGGGGCCGAUGGGCAAGCAGAAUCACCCGCCGGCCAGUAGCCAUCAUCGGUCCGUUUUUAUCAAAGAAUAUGAGCUGCUCGAGCUGGAGAUCAAGUACGGGCUGCUGCAGAUCACGGAGGCUCUGUUGUUUCUCCACGGUAACUGCAAGCUCUUCCACAGGAACGUCUGUCCAACGAGCAUCAUUAUCACGAAGAGAGGCACAUGGAAAUUGUCGGGGUUCGAGUUUAUCGAGAGGAUCAACGAGAACAACUUGCCGAUAACCGUGCAGCCGUGGACAAAGCACAUGCCGAAAAUGACUCAACCGAAUCUCGACUACAUAGCCCCGGAGGUGCAGCAGAAGAAGCUCGGCAGCUUCUCCAGCGACAUGUACAGCCUCGGUAUGACGAUAUGCGCGAUCUACAAUCAAGGCCGGCCGUUGAUACAGGCGAAUCACAGUUGCUCGGAUUACCUCAAGCAGCUCGACGCCCUUGACGAACAAGUCAGCCUUAUCCUGCCGUUGGUGCCAAUACCUCUUCGAGAGGCCGUGACGCGGCUCUUGCACAAGGAUCCCGAGCAGAGGCCUACCGCGCAAGUUCUGACUAUGAUAAAAUUCUUCAGGGACCCGUUUGUGCACGCCCUACAGUUUCUCGACGUCAGCAAAAUGAAGGAUGUGCACCAGAAAGAGCACUUCUACACGACAACAUUGAAGGAACUGUUGCCAUACAUGCCAAAGAAACUCUGGUAUCAGCAUAUCUGGACGUAUCUUCACGCGGAGCUGCAGACGCAGGAAGUGUUGUCGGCCGUGCUGCAGCCUAUGUUGUACAUCGUCGAGAACAGCACCCAGGAGGAGUACGAUCAGAUCGUGUUCCCCACGCUCAAACCUCUCUUCACCAAUCGAAAGUCGAUUCAGGGAACGGUGACCCUACUAGAGAACCUGCACCUCAUCCUGCAAAAAACGCCCCAGGAGUACGAGCGCGAGGUGCUCUCGAUGCUGUACAUGUCCUUCGAGAAUUCGACGAUCCAAGUGCGAACAGCCGCCUUCGUGGCCGUGUCGCAUGUGACGCAGCACCUCGAGGACGACGCCAUACGCAACGUGGUACUGCCGAAGCUGCUGGAGGCCUUCGACAACAAUUCGGCGGACGCGCGGGUACUGAUGGACGUGGUGCCGUGCAUCCUGAGCCGUCUCGAGAAGCAGAAGAUCAUUGACUGCAUUCUGCCGUUGCUCUGCAAGGUCAAGCUGCAAGAACCCGAGAUUGUCGUGCGGGUUGUAAAUAUUUACAGGCUGAUGCUCACCGACAAGAAGUACGGAUUGUCCGUGAACUGGAUGGCGGCGCACGCGAUGCCGUCGUUGCUACCGCAAACAGUGAACCCGGCAUUGAAUCUCGAGCAAUUCAUCUUGCUACUCGAGGUGCUGCAGGACAUGUUGAACAACAUCGAAAGGAAUCAGAGGAACAAGCUGACCCUGGAUGAUCUCUCGCUGCCGAGCCCGGACAAGUAUCGACCCCUACGGCAUCAGUAUAGCACCGACAAUGUGCACGUGCCGGCAUUCAACAUCCCGAAUCUGCGUAUCGAGCAACGCAAGACUUCAUCAGCCGAGGACAUGGCCAGGAAGAACAGCAUCGGGUCCAUAUCGACGGCGUCCGCGGAAAAUAUGGCGCGGAAAAGCUCGAUGACGGCGAUGUUUGGCAACUGGUUCACCUCGGCGUCGGCCAACGACAGCAAUUUCCUGCGGGUGGCCAACACGUUCACGAGCAGACGCCUGUCGGACAACACUCUGAUGACGCCCAAGAUACGGAUAGCGCCGUCGUGCGCGAGUUCACCGGGUGGCACGCCCGGUGGCGGACUACCGAUCCGCCGACACUCCAGCACCGGGCCCCAGGAACGACGUGGAUCGAAUAUUAAUUUAUCGCCGCCCACGUUCUGUUCGCAGGGAGGCGGAAUGCCGAUCACCAGUAGCAGCGUACCGUAUCUGCUUAGCUCGAGCCUGAACAGCAUCCGGGGCUCGAGACGGCCGUCCGUAUCCUCGACGUCGUCGCAGCAGGGCAUCGGGCUACUGCAGCAGGUUGGCUCCAGCAUGGUAAGACAACUACCCCCCAUCUGCCUGAACCUGAACGGACCACCACCACCACCAACACACUCUCCAUCACUCCAGCUACCGGGACAGCAUUCCCACUGACCCUCCGUUACAGUGUAAGGAUAUUCACUAAGCAAUAGCUCGCGUUCGCGUUCGCGUUUGCAGCUCUCACUGCCGCCGCCUGAUCAUGCCGCCUCCCAUGCACCUCUCUUUGUCCUUAGAUUAGAUUGUUCUCUCUUUCUCUCUCUCUCUCUCUCUCUCUUUCUGUGUGCGCUUGAUCGAUUCGCCGGGACCGACUAGCGGGGGCGAGAAAAUUUAUUUCAAAAUGAUUGAUUGAUCAGAGCGGUCUUUCAUGGUGUCGUAACGACACGGAACGAUACUCGAUACUCACGUCUUCUAGAACGAUCAUUUCAAACACGAUGAUUUCCUGGGCAAGGCUUUAGUCCAACGACGUCGAGAUUCGAAUUGCAACCUUUUGCCUCUUAUUCGGAUAAUUGAUGAAUAUUUCAGUCGUGAAAAAUUAGGUUUAACAGGAGAACGCUUAAGCAUCUCUCUUAGAUUCGCGCUUCUGAAGACCAAUCGAAUAUGGAAACGGUUCCUCUUUUUGUAACCGCAAAUGCUACUUUUGCGUACAAAGUACCGUUCUCGAAACGCUGAGGAACCGUAAAGGGUCUUCUCUAUUCUCUCGCUCUCUCCACGUGUUGCAGUAUCAGUUCUUCAGCAGACAACCCGAAGCGUGAAGUGCCAAUGAACGUCGCUGAACUGAGGUCGGAUAGGAUGAUCACGGCGAUCGUGGAGUCGCUGGCCAGCUUGCAUCGAUCCGCUCGCACGCGCGACCGCACGUAAAGAACGGCAAGAACGAGGAGAAGAAAUCGCGACGCGGAGGAAUCGCGCGCGUGCGGACUCUCGCCGGCGCGGCGAGGUGAGGCGGGAGAGACGACGCUGACUCUCCCCUUUAUUAAAUCGGACACGCGAGAUCUCGAGAACAAAAGAGCGGAACUCCACCCGGAUCCGCGAGUAUGCGAGAACCCUUCUCUCCUCUCCUCCUCUCUCUCUCUCUCUCUCUCUCUCUCUUCCUAUCUCUAAAAAUUCAUAGUCGCAUAAAGUCGGACAAAGGAAUCAAUAUUUUUCUCGUCAGAUAUAUAUUUGUCUAUGUAAUAAAUAUCUGUAUAUUAAUUAUAUAAUAACGGCGCGCGCGCGCGAACACGCAUACAUACACGUCAUACGUGUCGCGGGCCGCGCCGCAGUCAAUUGUCGCACUACACAAUCACUAAAUCUUAAGGUAGCUUUUAUAAUUCGAGCGAUAUCGCUGGACGCGAGAAUUGCACACGCAAGGCACAACGUACGACGUACCUAUAUACGUAAAACGCGCGUGCACGCGCACACACGCAGAGUCCACGCUCCGGAAUACUACUAUGUAGCUUGUGUAUCGCAAACCGAUGGAAUUUGUGGAUUUGAAAGAAGAAGAAGGCACGCGUGUGGUCGCGAGUAUGUAGCAUUGUGUGAUAUAAUAUUACAUGGUAAUAUGUACUGGCGAUAUACGCGCCAAUAUAAAAUUAGCGAUGAAAAAUGAGAGGCGAGGUAACGAAAAAGUGUUAGAACGACAUAUCAUUAUUCGUCUCUUAUCGCUCACGUCGCUAAAGUUUUGACGUAUUGAUCUUCUCGACACGCGGCAGCACGGAGAUUUAUUACGACGGUAUUUAUUAAAUAUUAGAUAUUAUAUUUAUAAAUAUAUAUAUAUAUUUAUUACUAUAUAAUUUAUAUAGUAAUUUAUUACUAAUACAAUUUGUUUAUUGCUAUAUAAUUUAUAUAGUAAUAACGGUGUGCGCACGACACUCGCAUCUGUCAGCGCCGUAUUCGUCAAUUAUCGUGUAACACAAUCACUAAAUUUUAAGGUAGCUUUUAUAGUUGCUAAAUAUAUAUAUAUAUAUAUAUAUAUGUAUUAUAUAAGAAGUACACUCACACAUGUGCAUCACUCUUUCAGUUUCUCCGAUGUAGCGUGCCUGUGUUGUCGCAAAGCGGAAUUUACGCAAUCGGGGAGAUCGCAAAUCUUGGCCGUAAUAUACGGCAUGUACGGUAUUAUAAAAUACCGUAUAACAAUCGCACGCGAUAAUCAUGUUUGCACGGGGGAGUGGCAGCGUUAAGGGACGAAGUAACGAAGAAAGGAAUACCAGAACAUAUCAAUUACUUACUCGCCUCUAAUCAUUCAAACAUCGCGAGGACUGGCAGGUUCUUCUUCGCCUUCUUCGACGCGGCAGUAGUGCAGAAACGCGAUACUGCUGGCAAACACGUUUCUCGCCGCGCGAAAGUGAAUUCGACUACGAAGGAAAGGAGAACAUCGUGCGAAUUAUGCGUUCCGAUGCGAAUUCACGUCUCCCUACGUCGUAAUUUCCAUUUCCGUCCGCGAUACCCGAUCUACGUGGACACGUGAGGCGGUAGAUCGGUGAAUCUGUGCGGCGUGUGUGCGUGCGUGCACGUGGAGGAUUAGCAAUAAGAUUUCGGUCUUCCUUCGGCAUUGUGAAUUUCCAUUUACUUUCUCGAUAUCAAUUUUCCCCGUUUCCCACGCACUGAAAAACGCAACAUACACGUACACACGUACACAUAUACACAUUGCUCUCUCCUCUCCCCCUUCUCUCCUCCCUUAAUAAUUAUCUUGUAACGUUGACGCGAGAAUUUGAUGGAAAUUAAUAUGCUCUAGUGACAUAUUAAUUUAUUCUCCGGCGCGCAGCGAUAUGGCAAAAGAUUCCAAGAAUCUAUAUAUACAUACCUAUGUAAGGCUGUACACGAUGAGACAGAAACACUUGCGUAAGGGUAUAUGUGUGUAUAAAGGGUGUGUAACUAAAAUGUAAGGGACAGGUGUAUAGUCGUCCGAUGGACGAACCGAUUGCACGGAGCGAACCGGUGGCACAAGUCCAGCAAGUCUGAUUUCCGGUUCCGCAAUUUUCUAUGCAAAUCGAGGGAUUGGCGCAAUCUCGAAAAACCGCCCUCAAAAUUUUAAAGCACCGAAAGAUCGACUCUAUUAUUUUUAUUUUGUUAUUUAAAAACAAAUGUCUGCAAAAGAAUAUAUUUUCUAACCGACGAAUGAUUUUACAACAGACACAGACAUUAAUUUAAACAUGUGCCGCGAUUUACAAAAUUAUUUCUUGCGAAUGUAAAAUGCAAGUUUCACGAAAAGAGAGAAAAAGAAGAUAUUCUUCGUGCUCCACGACGGAGAAUUAAACUCGCCAGACUUGCCGUCGAUCUCGCUCCUUCCCCGCCCUCGGACUCACGUGUACAACUCCAUAAAAAAAAGCAACCUCGUUCGUGUGUGUGGUUACUAUUCUAACUAAUAGCCGUAAGAUUAUACAAAGUUAAGUGUCCUUAACGUUAAGCACACCCCGACUCAGAGAAAGUAAUGAAAAAAAAAGAAAAAAAAACCAGACAAAAAUGGUCGAGAGACAUCGAGAUCGGCCGGAUCCGCGCGCGGCCGCUGAAUUCGCUCCUUCGUCCCCCUUUUUCGCGUAAAACUAACUACAUAGAGUAAACGAGAGAAAGGAGAAAAGAAAAAAAAAGGGAGAAGAAUAUCGAAGUGUAAUUAUUCUACAGACUAUGGACAAUCACGGACAAUCAUUUACACGUAUCAAAAUAAAUGUCUUACGCACGACAUGCAUUUCGUUCGGCUAGAGACGCGUUCGGACGGGAAACUCUCCGCGGCCGGUCUUCGCCAGCGAUAUGACUGAAUGAGCGAUCGAUAACAAGAGCGAUUGUCCGCCGGUUUAAUUGCUGGACCAAGCGUGUAUUCAACAAGCACCGGGCCGUCUAUGAGUGCUCAUAAUAAGCUCGCUCCCCUUGCGUUUAUGCAGAGACCUUCAAUUGAUGCGUUAAUUAGAAACAUUACAGAGCAGAUUUGUCUCUUUUUUCCACCUGCGAAACCAUUUCAAAAAAAGUGUUGCUCGAAAGUUUCCUCCUUCGCUUCUCCGACUUCCCCAGAAUUUCGAGAACCGAGAGGAAUCGUUCGAUCUAAAAAAAUCGAAAGACCCCGACGCGCGUGCCGGGAUCUUCUGUGCAUUAACCCCGACCUGCGUAUCGUUCGCUCGUGAUGUUUCAUAUUGCUGAAAGUACGUAGCAACCCCUUCGCGAUUGUCGCGCGACACUAGAGAGUGGUUGACUGUUGUGAGCCGAGCGACGUACAAUCAAUUACGCAUAAUUUCGACAGCUUCCUGGAGCUCGUCCGAGCACGUGCAUCGAGUGACAGUCGCGGUAUUUAUCGAUUUUACAAGUACCAACGCACAAACUUGUUCCGUAUACUGUGCAGGGGCGCGUUUAGGAAUUUAUGAGGGCAUGGACCCUUCGUCGGUCGAUCGACGAAUUAUUUAUUUCAAUGUCAAUUGUCUCGAGCUCUCUUUCCUCCCUUAGAAUAGAAAGGAACACCUGCGAACGGUCGAGUACACCUAGAAGUCAUCUUGCAAGGCCUAAAAGGGCGUCAAGAUAACGCGCCGCUAUACGAUUACGGUGUUCCGUUCGUUUCCGCACUUUCCCUUUAGGUAUCUUCUCUUUCGCGAAAAUAUGGACUUCCCUCUUCGAUUAAUUAAAUUGAUUGAACUGAUUUAAUCGUGAACUGCGCUGAGAAGGAGAUGCGGAGCGACAAUCGAUCUGUUUUCUCUCCGUUAUUCAAAUCGCUGCGCCGAUCGAAGGGAGACGCACGCAUCCCUUAACGCUCCGUAGCCGAUAAUCGUAAUUGAACUAAAGGGAAAGUAAAUCCCCGAUCACACCGACGAGAAAUCUGACUCUGCGAGGUCGGUCGUAGGAUGUCGAGCACGUCUUGAAUCGUAAUCUCGUAGCUAGUGGACGUAGUAGACGAAGAGUAUAAAGCCGUACAUCCAGCACCUAGUAGACUAAAGCUAAAAAAAAAGAUCGAAGAUUGAUCGAGAUGUAUAGAUUAUUAAUGUAAAUGUAAAUGACUCUCUCAAUGAGAAUAUUUUUCAACGUAAUUUCUUAGACGGACUAUCUGGGUGUGUGUGUUACGCUCGAGAAUAUUACUUCAAGCAUGCCCAACCAAGCACAACCGAUCCUAUGGAAAACCAAAGAAAAGUAAUGUAAUGUCGCGUACCUUUCGUCACCACUUGAUUCGAGAGAAUUCCGAAUUCUUGUUUUUUCCAGCCUCCCCUCGGGAAAUUCAUUUACCGCGACGCGGUUAAAUGCCUACCGACGCGUUCCCCAAACGCGAUCGUAAUCGGUGGAUUAUCGUCCCACCGAGAGGAGACUCACCUCUCGUGUAGUAGUUCAAAAGGAAGGAAGAGAAAGACAAGUCACCGGCAAGUAAAAAAAAGUGCUCAAUCACAGAAAUAAUCCCUAUCAAGAUUAUGUGUUCAGAAAGGAUACGUUGUACUCUCUGCGACGUGCGUUAGGCGGUAUAAGAUAUAAUGUUCAGAGGUCUAUUCAAAGAAUAAAACAAUCCUUCUAUACCAAUUAUACAUAUACAUAUAUAUAUAUAUAUAAUUAUAAAUGUAUAUUUCAUGUAUUUGUUUUUAAAAAUACAGUAAAACUAACGUUGUAU